CUUACGUUCAUCAUCGUCUCCCGUCGCCGAGCUCACCGUCGACGCCGGCAGCGACAACGCCCGCGCCGCUCACCACCGCCCCUCGUUCAGCGACUAUAACCAUGCAGACACGGCGCGCCUCGGGCGUGACCCCGCUCGCAAUCGUCCUCCCCCAUCCUCAGCUUCCCCGGCGCCGCUCGAACUUGCUCUCGGGGUCCGCGUCGCCGCGUACCCCGCGCUCAUGCGGCUCCCCCUCGUGCUCGCCCAUCUUCCUCACCACCAGCACGAACAGGAAUAGCUGCGAUAGCUGGAACAGCUCGAUACACGAGGACGAGAAGGAGUGGGAAUGGAAGGCUGAGCAACUGCUGCUACUCUCCAGGACUCUCGAUGCGUUACCCUCGCAUCUCUACACUCCUUUCAACGGAUCUGUACCCCCAUCCAACCUCCUAGACAAGAUCGCGCGCGGCGUCGCGCAGGCCAAGGGCGCCGAAGAAUGGCCGCACUCCCUGCGCCAGACGCGUCAGAAGCUCAUCGAGCUAUCGCGCGCCCGGGGGAAGGAUGAGUCGAUUCCUGAAGAGACGGCGGUUGAGAUCGCCAGCGACGACUCUCAGGACCCCAGCGCCAACCCAUCCAUGCAAGCCAAGACCCCCAAGCCCUCAAUUUCUCCCAGGAAGCGCCCUCUGUACCGUCAAUCGAGCAUGGAGUUCAUGGAUGCCCCUGCCUCCGAUCUCAAGGACAAUGACACAAUCAACAAGUUGUCCAGCCGGCUCCAGCGUACAGAUCGCUACCUGUCCAACCAAUCCUUCCACCCCUACUCGCGACCCACAGGUCGUCGCCUCUCAUCGCCCCCGCGCCCUCACAACGUUCCCGCACUGACCAACGCGACGUCAAGCUCCUCGACGCUGUCUUCGCUUGCUUCAUCUGGGCCGACGCGCCCAUACAAUCUGCGUCGCACGGCAUCGCUCCUGUCAACAAGCUCCUCCGAUUGCAAAGCCGAUGCUCGGCACAGCGGCCUCAGCAGCCUCAGUGGAAUGAGCGUGGAGGAAGCGCGUCUUCUGCCAGCCAUGCCCGACCCCAGAGUUACGCGUGUCAGGCGCUCUGAGUCAUUCUAUGGCUCUUCCGAGUCCCGGCAGCCGCUGAAGCGUGCGCCAUCAUACAGCGCUUCGGUGAUCGCGCAGAAGACGAAGCAGCGCGAGUCGGUCGUAUCGAACGACUCCAGCGUGAACAGCACCCAGAGCGCCUGCCAAAUAUCGUCCGACGAGGAGGAGAAGGCGCGCUCUCGCUCGGCCAAGAAGCCCCGGACCAGGUCUGGAAGCGGGUCGUCACCCAAGGCCGACACGCCCGUGACGCCCACCUCUGAGUCAAAGCCCAAGGCGCCCAAGCCCCGCUCGGAGAAGCCGAAGGCCCGCGAGCCCACCGAAUCCCACAAGAAGCGCAAGCCGACGACCAUGAAGCGGCACCCCAGUCUGCUCGGGCCCGAGCUGCCUGGCGUGACUCAGCCGGCGCCGCUCAGCCCUGCCGUCGAGCUGCACCCUGUCCCUGCGUCGCCGCGUCGGACUCUCCGGCGCGUCAAGCGCCUGCCGCCUGGCCGCCGCAUAUCGUUCGGUGUGCUGGCGUCCGGUAACGACGCGGACAUGGAGUGCGAGGACGAGCCCAAGAACGCGCCGCUGACCUUCGGCGCGCCCCUGGGCAGCGCGUUCCAGCUCAACUAGACGGACGUGGAUUUCUUGUGCAGGGAGCUGGACUUCCUAUAGAGGACAGGCAAGGAGGGAGGAAGGAAGGAGAGGAAAAACGCUACGGAGAAAGGAGGAAGGAGAUCUUGGUUUUGGCGUCCGUCCGGCCAGUCCUGCGCUCGCUGGAUCUGAUCGUCGCCCGUCGCCACCCCUGCAUCGGUUCAAGGACUCGAUUCGAACUCGGCACCUCGCAAACUACAUUGACAACACACACUGACAAGCAAGCCUCUCAACAACAUUGUUAUCAUUAUUCUCAUCUAUUGGUCGGCUAUUCGCGGCAGUCGGGCUCCUCUGACUGUCGCGGACGUGCGGCCGAUCGACACUCGCCCCAUCGUGUACUACGAUACAACCCCGCUCACCCGCGCGGCUCGCCCGCUGCCAUUCGACCGCUACAACACGGUGCUCGCUACCUUGCGCCUAUUGCUAGCACCUAAUCUAUUCACCGCGCAAGACUCACCGCAUACACUGACCGCCAUCGCGUACUUCACCGUCAUCGCGCGUCAUUCGGCUUCUGGUCGACCCCACCACAUCCGCUGUCCAUCUUCGCAUGCAUCGACCCAUGUACUCGCGGCCAUUCGACACAUUGUUUCGCCCCUCACCACGGCGCUUUUCGAACCUUCGUGUACCACCACCCCCAUUCAUUCCUUACGCAGGACGAGCCCGGGCUCGCUCACCUUUUCAUCUUUCUUCAUCUCUUUUCGUCUUCGUCUUCUCAUCUUAUCUUCUUCACCCAUCUCACCCUAACAUAUCUUAUAUUUUCUAUCGUGCUCACCACGCUUCCCACCUUCCUUCGCUCGUGCUCCGGUCCCCGACAUCUGUACUCCCCGCCGCUCACUCACCCCCUCUUCCUCUGCCCGCUAACCGCCGAGUACGCAUGUCCUAUAUUGAACACCUUCCUUUCGGCUUCGGUUUCCUUGUGUUACUUACUGAUCCCUUCCUUUCCUUUAUAUGUUCGAUUCCCUUUACUUACUCUGUUCGAUUUCUUUUGCUGCUACUGCUACUGCUGACUGGAUCGUGGAACUCACGCCUCUACGUUGGGCGUUGUACAAUCGUCUAGGCAUCUCCAAAUAUACAUGCGAUUUUGAAUAAGUGUGCUUGUGGG